CCACUUCCGCUUCCGGCGCGUUCCGGUGUAGUUCCAAGAUGGUGGCGGCGGUGUGUGCGUCUCGGCUGUCCGGGCUGCUGGGCCGGGCCCUGCCACGGGUGGGGCGGCCCAUGUCGAGUGGCUCCCACGGCGAGGAGGGUUCAGCUCGCAUGUGGAAGGCCCUCACCUACUUCGUGGCGCUGCCCGGGGUGGCAGUGAGCAUGCUCAACGCCUUCCUCACGUCGCGGCGAGGAGAGCACGAGCGGCCCGAGUUCGUCGCCUACCCCCACCUCCGCAUCAGGACCAAGCCCUUCCCCUGGGGAGAUGGUAACCAUACCCUAUUCCACAACCCUCAUAUGAACCCACUUCCGACUGGCUAUGAAGACGAGUAAAGAGAACCUGGACCUUCCCCCAGACGGCAAGGGACCACAGCACUGGUGUGGACCAUUACUCUGUGUGUGGACCACGAAAGCGCAUCUUUCCUUGUAUCAAAAGGUGACCAUUACACCAAUCUUCCAUCCCUUUGCUCCAAGAGGAGAUGGCUUAAAUAAAUAACUUAAACUUAGAUUGUUCAUGA